AUGGUGUACGCCUCCUCCAAGGAUGCUUUGAGAAGAGCAUUGAAUGGUGUUGCUGCCGACAUUCAAGGUACCGACUUCUCCGAGGUCGCCUACGAGUCUGUUUUGGAGAGAGUCAGCAGAGGUGCUGGUUCCCACUAA